AUGGAUGCCUUGAUAUUUUAUGCGAUUGCUGCUGGCGGCAUAUUUGCCUUAUUUUUCCUAGUCAGGUUUCUGGUGUUUCUCUCCAAUAGGACUCAUUUAUUCACCAUUCCUGUAUCACGACAUUUUACUCUCCCUGUGCUUGUUGCUCAGCACCGAUUCCUUGGUCCUUGGACAAGGGCCGAAGUUUUCCUCUAUAUAACAUAUAUUGUGAUCAAUAUCUUCCUGGUCUUUUUUCGGGCGGGGGCGAUGACUGAUAUCAGCCGUCGGGCAGGGACCCUGGCUCUCAUCAAUUUGAUCUUCCCUCUAUCAACGAUCCACAUCAGCUCCUUGGCUGAUCUCCUCGGCAUUUACUUACAGACCUGCCAAAAGAUCCACCGCGCGACCAGCUGGAUGGUUAUUGUCUUAAUCUCUGUCCACAUUGUUAUGAGCCUGGCCAAGGGGCCCCAGUUUCUGCUUUCCGAGUCACGAAACCUCUAUACUACGAUUGGUGCUGGAUCUUUAGGCGCUUUGACUCUCCUUUCCCUUCCUUUGUGUCGCCGUUGGUCAUACGAGGUCUUCCUCCGGGGACAUCAGGCUCUGGUAGGGCUUUUUGUCUACGGCGUUUGGCGCCAUCUCCCCAUUCGGGAUCGUCUUCCCGGAGUGUACCUCACUGUUGCCCUAGCACUCCUUGGGCUGAAUCUCGUUGUACCGCUGCUCUUUUUCCUCUAUCGAAACGGCCUGCUUGCGGGUCGCGGUGCUCCAAGAGCGAUAUUGUCAUAUGCAUACCAAGGGGCUACCAAGGAGGGCGGUGAUGAUGGCACCGUGUCCGCUAUCAGGGUCCGUUUGAGCUUGCCUCGGCCGCUCAAAGUGGACGCUGGUCAAUACAUCAACCUCUGGAUCCCAGGGGUCGGUCUAGGCGCAUGGACACAGACACAUCCUUUUGCGGUCACCUCGUGGUCCCGGGGUAAUCAGAAUACCUUUGAGCUUUUGGUGUGGCCGCGUCAAGGCCUUUCUAAAGACCUCCUCCGUCAUGUCCAAGCAGUUCCAGACAGUUCAAUUUCGUUCUUGGCGUUAUUCUCCGGCCCGCACGGAAUUAGCGAGGACGUCAGUCAUUGCGAAAGUGCUCUCGUCGUCGCCAGUGGUGUUGGGAUUGCGGCCGUGAUUCCGUAUGUCAAGAAAAUGAUCUAUGGUUAUAAUACUUGUACGUCCCAGGUUCGCCGUGUGCAUUUGGUGUGGCAGGUGGAGUCCAAGGAUGUGGCUAUCUCGGCGCAGGAACAACUUAAUCGACUGCUGGAAGAUGAUACCGUGGAUGAUGGCUACAUACUCCAUAUCUCCAUCUACGUGGAACGUGGUCUCAAACGCGAUCAGCAACAAUUAGGGAAGCACAAAAGGGCAUGUCUUUACCAGGGAGUACCACAUUAUGAAAGUCUUGUCGCGCUGGAGUCGUCCGGCGAGCUGAUUGAGCGACUGCCUAAUAUCCGAGAUGAGCAAGGCCAGCUACAGGUUCUGGUCUCCACAACUGAUACGAUACGUUUUCGCCUGCGGGAGAUCGUACGACAAUACCUCCACGAGCGAGUCAAACUUUCUGAGCUGGAGUAUCAACCGAGAGGUUGA